UUCGAUUGUACUUUGUCUUUUAUCGUGAAAUCACGAAUUCGAUAGUUUCCGCAAUUGCAUAAUUAUUAAUUGCCUUGUCCGAGUGAUGUACAUUUCCGAAGUCGGAAGUACAUGAUAUUCAUCAUGAAAAAAAAAAACAAAAAAAAAACAAUGCGUUACGAAUCGCAGUACUUCGGAAAAACUCUGUUAAUCUAAACUGUAUAAUCUAAACUCGUUAAUUUGUAAAAUGCCACGCGUUAGCAUACUGUCGAUUCUCUUAAUUAUAUACGCGGCAUAUUUAGCUAUGUGCGAUCAUUGCUGCGAAAUCAAUUAUCACGAGUUGCCGCGAUACGAUCUAAUCAAGACCAAUUGGCGUUCGAAUCAGCCGAUCAUAUCGCGAGAAGUGGUUUCUGAUGUGAAGAAGUGCGAGGAAUUUGCGGCAUCGAAGAAGGCCCUCGCCUUCAAUCUCGUUUCGACGAGCAAUCGUGCCGGAAAGCGAGAAAAUACGUGCCAAGCUCUUCAAUGUCCCGAAGAUCGCAAUAUGACUACUCUCGUGCCCGCGACAAAUUACAAAUAUUACAGCAUGUAUCCAGUUUUCUCUUUGCCUGAGAAUGUUACGAUAGAAUGCAUCCCCAAAGCGGGAAUGUUCAUAUUCUCGUCCGAGAACCUGAAUUUCACGCAGGCACAGAGCUUCUGCCAAAAACGAAACGCAUCUCUCGCUCACGUGAUUAGCGAGGAGCGCACGGAAGGCUUGGCCAGAUUCGUGUCGCAAAAUCGACCCAGCUUCGUGGGUCUCAGUAACAACGACAAUAAGGAGAGAAUCUGGAAGAACGAAUUCGGCGAGUCCUUGUCUUGCUUCGAUUAUCGAGCAUGGGGCGAGGGAGAACCGUCGCAUUUCAAGGGCUGUAUCGCCCUUGUGAAUCCGCCUGGCGAAAGAUCGCUACCCUUUUGGAAAGUGAUGCCCUGUUACACAUCAUUGCCGUUUAUUUGCGAAAUUUCACCAUUGCCUCAACGAUCAUCGCGACGAUAUCACAAGAAUCAUCAUAACAAUAAGGUACGAUUGUUAAUCCGACAUAUGCGCUGCAUUGGUUGACACGUUGAUAAAGGAGGGGAAAAUAUAUAUAACUCUCACUCGGUCGUUGCUUAUAUACGUAUAUGUACAUAGAGUGUAGGCCUAAACGUUAAUAACAUUAAAAAUUGUAUGCGGUUCGUAGCUCUCUCUCGAGUCGUUAACUCCAAUUCCCUUACAUUCUAGAUCAUGCUUUCUACAGCGCGAUACCUAUCACUUAACGACUAUGUAGCUAACAGCUGUUGCUGUCCCGCAACGACGUACAUACAUAACUCGAUACGCUUUUCAAUAGGACACUUAUCAAGGAGAGCUGCAGCGUGAUAUAUAAAAAUGUCUCGUCUCCUCGAUAAGAUUCGAUGUCGCACAACAACAAUUGAAAAUAUAUAAGUCUGCCGUUAUUACAUUAGUCUUCCCGAUACUUAUUCGCCAGCGACCAAAAGCGUAUAAGAGAUAGUUGCAUCGCAAUUUAAAUACACUGUCUCGAUUAUGCAAUUGUUAAUCCGCCUCAUUAGGGUAAUGCUUGAACGUGGUAUCUUUAGAAUAAAAAUUUCGUUAUAAUUGUUACGCAUAUUCUCACUCAACACGCAUAAUUAGUACUCAACAUUAUUGUAUUUACAGAUUAACAUUCACAUUUAAUGAUCCUCUCUCAAAAACAUCUAUUUCAAAUCAAUUCUGAAUUAAGAUUCGAUGGCAAAUAAAGAGAGGCGUCGUAAAAAAAAUUUAUAGGUAAGUACAAGCCUAACUUAAUUAACACAUAGUUCUAUCAUUCUUUUAAGAUGAUCAUAUUAAAGUUAAAAGCGUUUAGCUGUAUUUGCAAUGAUUGAAUCGCAAGGGUUUAUUAUUUAUGAAGGAAGACGAUGUUCCUAAGAGUGGCGAAUGAUGAUCAAAAUUAAUAUUUAACAAACAAUUGUUUAUUUAAAAAAAAAAAAUAUCCCUCAAAGGCAUAAGGUGCAAAUAUUUAAAUCGAGGCAUGUGCGAUGGAUCUCUUAAUUACUAAUAAAUUUAUAUUCAAGGUAUAAUUAGAAAAAAAA